AUGAUGUCGAAAAGGGAGCAAUUCAGAAAAUAUUUAGAAGCAGGUAACGUUAUUGAAACCCUCAAUAAAGCAAUGUUUAGUAUCCAUAGCGAAGAUCCACGACCAGCUGAUCCAUUGGCUUUCAUUAGAGAAGUUAUCGGAGCACCACCAGCUGAAAAUGUAGAUGCACUUAUACGUAAAAACCAGGACCUUCACGCAAGGGUAAUCAUGCUACGAAAUCAAUUAGAUAUGCUUAAUUCAAAAUAA